AUGGCAGAAUCAUUUCCGUCCACCAUUGCAGCAAACAUUUUGACGAAGAUGGAUUUUCUUGCUUUCGCAGAAAUACGCUUGUCGUCGAGGGUUCGAAAAGAAAUAACGAAGGCCAAACAAAUCUUAUGCGAUGUCAAAGACGCAGUAUUGAACGCUGAGGCACAACAGGCACAAAACUGCAAGCUGCAGAUUGGGCUUGAAAAGCUUUCAGAACUGUUGUAUGACGCUGAGGAUGUGUUGGAUGAAUUGAAGUGUGAAGUACUGGCGAAACAGGUAAGCAAACUCAGUGCUAUCAUAUAUUAUGGAAAAAUCAAGGAUAUUAGGAAAAAAUUAGAUGAAAAAGCAGCUGCUAUUAGGUCUAUAUAUGAUGAGAAUCAGCAAGAAUUUAGGCGUGUUUAUUCAGGAGAGAUGGGGAUGAACAAUUCCUUUCUGGGUACUUCCAAAUUUUUUAGGAGAGACGAAGAUAAGGAAAAUAUUGUACACUUUUUGAUGGAACCAAACAGAGAAGAUGAAAGGGUAUCUGUAAUUCCUAUAGUUGGAACUGCUAGUAUGGGAAAAACCACUCUUGCAACUCUGGUGUAUUGCGACAAAAGGGUAGAUGAAACCCAUUUCUUUUUAUUUUCAUUCAGCACAUUAUCCAAGACGAGCAAACAUUUGGUAAGAAAUAUUGCACUUUUUGUUGCAACUUACCAUGAAAAUGAAGAGUUGGAAAAUGUUGGAUUGCAAUAUUUAAAGGAAUUGAUUUUUAGGUGUUUCUUUCAUGAUAUUAAAGUUCAUGGUUAUUAUUUUACAUUUAAAAUGUAUAACUUCGUUCAUGAUCUUGUCAAGGAAGUGGCACAAAGUGAGUGCAAGGUGAUAGAUCUCAGAAUCCAUUAUCGUUCCAUAAAUGCUCGACAUUUGUCAUUUAUUGGCUGUGAAAAUUGUAUUCCAAAUGUUUCAUUCAGUUCGAACAAGUUGCGGACCAUCAAUAUGCAAAGUAUUCAAUUUGAGCAGGUUUCUGAAUCCUUUGUUAACACAUGGACAUCAAAUUUUAAGUACGUCAGGUUGUUGUGCUUGAGUGGUCUACAAUUUGAAGUGCUACCAGAUUCUGUCGGUGCAUUGAAACAUUUGACAUGUCUUGACUUAUCUUGGAAUUUAAUUCUGAAGAAACUCUGUGCAGGUAUUUGUAAACUUCGGAGUUUGCAGAUCUUAAGACUUCUUGGUUGUUCAAGGCUUAAGAAUUUUCCUAAUAAUAUGGGAAAAAUGAUCGGCCUCAGAUAUUUGGAAAUGACUACAACAGAUAGGCAUCUACCACAAAUUGGAGUUGAAUGUUUCAGUUCCCUACGAUAUCUGCACUUGUAUAACUUUCACCAUCUGGAAAGUCUUUCUGAAGUGGUGCAAAGUCUCACCAGCCUCCGAACUUUGAUUUUGAAAGGCUGUGAUAGCAUGAACUCAUUGCUAGAUGAUAUACAACAUCUUAAGAGGUUGGAGAAGUUAGUUAUAUACAGUUGUCCGACAGUUAAUCUGCAAAUGGGCUUGCAAGGGAAAGACUUCCGUCUGAACCUUAAAGUUUUCAUAAUUUAUGAUUUAGAAGGACUAGAAGACUUACCCCAAAUGAUUCUUGAAGGAUCUGCUAACACUUUAGAGUAUCUGCGGACUGACUCAUGUCCUAAGCUCACAGAAUUACCAGCAUGGCUUGUAAAUCUCACAGCGCUUCAAAAACUUGAGAUUGUAAGCUGCCAAGGACUGUCAUCUCUGCCAGAUGGGAUACUGAACCUCUUCAACCUUAGCGAAUUGAUGAUACAAAAUUGUCCCACCCUGAGUGAAAGCUUAAUCAAAUGA